AUGGACGAGAUCACCUAUUGCGAACAAGUCACUGAUCGAGAAGCCCUUUCAGUCUUGAAAGGCGGCCUCAACAUGAACACUUUGUUCUGGAGGGAUAUACGCAGCAAGAAUCCUCCCACUUAUGACGAACUGGUGGAAACGAUGAGAGUUGAGAUCAUCAGUAAAGUGAUGAUUGAUCACCGAAAUCGUGCCGUACAGGGACUCCCUCCGCCUCAGAGACAAGCACUAGCUUCUACCACGCUAAAUGCAGUGCCAGUAUUGACAUACGAGAAUGCCCCUGCUGAGGCGGGACCAUCUAGGGAUACUGAUAAUAGUCGAAAUAAGAGGAAGAAGCGGUCAAGCAGGCCCUUAGAAGGGGCAAGGUUCUGCACCUUCCACCAACUCUAUGAACAUGACACCAACGAAUGCAGAGACGCUCCGCGAUGCUCAAAUCAGAAUAACCCAUAUCCCUCCAGGAGGGACGAACAUCCCCGCAAAUCCACCUCCCUAAACAAGGCUGAAAGGAGGCAUAGAGAUCAAUUGCUUCGAACAAGAGGAUUAAGGGACAGAGGAGAGUCCAGACAGAGAGAUCAAGCCCCAUUUUCUGGAGGCCAAAUCAUCAAGGAAAUUAACACGAUCAUUGGGGGACCUCACAUCGAUGGCAACUCUAGAAAUGCCCAAAGGAACUACACAAGAGAAGCAAAUGAUCCGUCGAUGCUCACGUACAUCGUCAACCAAUCCCAAGAAGCCAAUAGGAUGGCCCCGAUCACCUUCUCCCAAGAAGAUACACAAGGAGUUCACCACCGCCACUGUGACGCAUUGGUAAUAAGAGCCGUAGUAGCAAGAAACGGACUCAAACGCAUGCUUGUCGACAAUGGCAGCUCUCUGAACAUACUGUUUGGCUCUACCUUCGACAAAAUGCAAAUUAAAUAUAGGCUAAUCCCCAUGACCGACCCACUAUUUAGAUUUACUGGAGACAGCAUCUCCCACAAGGAUGAAUUACUCUGCCUGUCGAGAUGUGUUUAG